AUGUCCUCCACCUCUUAUAAACCGGAGUCGAGUCCCCCCCUGCGUUCGCCGCAUCCCUUUUAUUUUGGCGGUGUAGCUUCCUGUGUGGCUACAUUUGUCUCGCAUCCUUUUGAUCUCACUAAAGUACGCCUUCAAACCAUUCGCAAAGUAGACGCUUCCGGCAAAGCAUGGAGCACAACCAUGCCGGGAUUGCAAGCCAUUAAACCCACCACCAUGUUCAGAACCAUGAUCUCCAUUGCCCGCCGAGAAGGCGUACGGGCCUUAUAUAGUGGUCUGUCAGCGAGUCUGUUACGGCAAGGCACCUAUUCUACCAUUAGAUUCGGAUUGUAUGAAAAGUUCAAGUGGAUGGUCGCUGGUGAUCAAAAGCCGACAUUUCGACAGUUAGUAUUUUGCUCGACAGCGGCAGGUAUCUUGGGUGGAGCGUCCGGGAAUCCGAGCGACGUCGUUAAUGUGCGGAUGCAAAACGAUGGACAAUUACCACCGCAAGAACGGCGGAAUUAUAAAAAUGCCAUUGAUGGAUUAGUGCGCAUUUGGCGUGAGGAAGGUCCGCGAGUACUAUUGCGAGGAUUGGGAUCCAGUACGAAUCGGGCGGUGAUCAUGACGGUGUCGCAGAUGACCAGUUAUGAUGUAUUCAAAGAAAUGUUUGUCGGUCCCUUGCGGUGGCACGAUAAUCUACAAACUCACUUUGCUGCCAGUCUCUGUUCGGGUGUGAUUGCAACGACAGCGUGUUCGCCUCUCGAUGUGGUGAAAACCCGGAUUAUGAGUGCGCAUAACCAUGACGGCAAACAUCCAAUUAGAAUCAUGAUCCACAUGAUAGAAACGGAAGGUGUACGAUCCCUUUUUAGAGGAUGGACUCCGGCUUUUGUAAGGUUGGGCCCGCAUACCAUUGUCACCUUUAUUGUACUGGAAGAAAUGAAAAAAUGGCAUACACGAUUCGUGCAAGCAUGA